GGGAAAUUAAUUCUCACCUUUCAUUUCUCAAUUCGUUCAUCUUCGUCUUCUGCUUUGAAUUUGCCCUAAACCCUUCUGAAUUCUCAGAGAAAGCCAUUAAUUAGUAGCACAAGCGAAUUGAGAGGAGACGAGGGUUUGUUCCUCAAGGCGGUGCGGGGAAGGGAGAAGAGCGGAAUUGAGAAGACGAGGAGGGGAGAAGGAAUCCCUAAACCAUGCUUUUAGGGUUUCGAAUUUCACCGACAUCUGCUAUUAGAAUCAGCUGAACGCGACUUUCAACAUUCAGAGGAGAUGAGUGACGACAAUGGCAAAUCGGAUAAGGAUAAUCAAUGGCAAUCGCCAAGAGCACCGCAUCAACAGAAAGAGGAGGAGGAUACGAAACUCUGGGGAGUUCUUCUCUUCGGUUUGAUCGGUGCCUCUGCCACCACUCUUGCCGUUAGUCAUCUGCGGAGAACUGUUGAUUGGGUAUACACUCAGUUGAGCAGGUCAAAAUCAUCAUGGAGUGGAGGAAAUGGCCGUUCUUUCCGAUCAUCGUUUCAGGAGGAAGCAUGGAAAAGGUAUAAUCGUAGGCUGCAAGAGGAGUAUGAAGAAGAAAUGGAGAGGGUGGAGCGUAUAAGGCGCAUGCAGAAUGUAUUCAACCGAGAGAGGAACAAAUACAAGAGAGGUUACGAAAGCUGGAGAGAGAAUGAUCCUGGUGCAUAUCAUCAGCAUCACCAGCGAGAUGAUUGGUAUUGGAAGGCCGAGACAUUUUACAGAGAGCAACAAAGUAAUAAUCAUAGGGAAACUCCAAGAGUCAGAACAAGUUACUUGUUAUCUCAUCAUUACACAGUUUUGGGUCUCGACAGGUGUCGAAAAACACCUUACACAGAUGCUGAGAUUAAGACAGCAUUCCAAUCCAAGGCGAAGCAGUUUCAUCCAGAUCAGAACCAGGAUAAUAAAGAGGCUGCUGAGGCCAAGUUCAAAGAGGUGAUGACAUCUUAUGACGCCAUAAAGUUAGAAAGAAAGAGCAGUAGAGCGUAAGACAGACUAACUGCACGUCUAGUCGUCGGUGGAACCAUUUUUAACAGUAUGAGAUAUUUUAUUGGCUUUUUGCUAGAACACCCCUCCCCCGAGUUUGUUAGUAUAGUAAAGCAAAAAAUAAGAUUGGGUCAGCCAUGUAUUAUUAAUAUUUGAUUUCGUAGGAGCGUGAUAUCACGCAGAAAUGGCAAAGCUGUACGUUUUACUUGAUAUAUUGUAUUUUCACUAGAAGCCGGUCCAUAAUUAAAUGAUGGUUUA